AUGCGGCGCUACAUGCUGCCGAGCGGACUGUUGAUAUACUGCUACGCCUUCUACAUCGUCCUCAUGAUCUCCAACUGUUUUUCUUUGCCCUUUUACUCCUCAGAAUCUCAUAUGAACGCGUUUACGGAAGAUAACAUGUGCGGUAAGCGGGGCUUUCAAAACGCGUAAAACCAUUGAAAUUGUGACGUCGGAGGAUGACGUAACUAUGAAAGGAUAGGUGCAGGUCAUAUGGUUAAUGCUUUCAGAAGUGUCGUGGGAAGUUUUGGAUAUGAUAGACGAGCCCAGCGCUGAUGCAAAGUGCGAACCAUCGAAACGGCCAAAUCGAUGGGACGCAGUGAACGAAGUAAGUGGACAAAAUAACGCUUUAUGUCCAGCCAUAAGCAGAAUCAAGCAAUAAAUAGGCCUCGAACAAAAAAGCGGAUUCAAGCCCGUCACAGUUACACUUUUUAGGAGCCCGAAGGCACCCGUUACAUCUACACCGACCUCUCUCCAGAUUUCUCACCUCAUAUCGAUAGAUUCAAGUUUUUUGUUCACUCAUUAAUACGUUCCUGUGUAAGUGCCGGUAUGGGAAACACCUAUGCCGCCAGAGUCUUCAACUCAAGUGGAAGUAGUGCUGAUAAUGGCUUUAUCUGCUGUGGAGGUGCUGCUGGAUGCGCGGCAAGUAUAAGUAAUAUAACUGAAGAACUCUAUUAUCGCGAUUACGAAAGAGGAGACACUUUGGUUUACAAUAACGAGAGCGACGCCGAGUUUAUUCACCAUUAUGUCAAACAGUGGUAUGAUGAGGUAAGGAGCUGUAAAAAUUAGUUUUACAACGCUUAUAAUCAACUAUACAUAUUUCAAAUUUUCAGACCAAAGAGAUCAAAAGGCCCUGUCAAUACAACAGUUUUAUUUUCGUAACGAGCAGAAUUGUGGACAUAGAGCUAAGUGGAUUGCCAACGGCCUUUCGCGAUUUCAAAGAUCGAUGGGAGAAUUUGUGUAUUCAACCAACGAUAAUAUUGGUAGGAAGACCAGAGGAGGAUAUGCAAGAGCUUGUACGAUACUACGGCAACAUCACCGAAAAUCUUUUCGUUGUUCCGAAUAAGGAAUGUCUACAUAUUGUUGCACCAUGCAUUCUUCCAUGUGUCCAAUCUGACGCAAAGUGUAAUAUGACAGACCUGGAUUUACAUAAUUGCUCAGCGCCCACCACAACGACUACUACAACUACCACGACAACAACUACAACGACGACUACAACAACACCUGCACCUCUGCCACCGGUAAGAAUAUACCCAAUCGCUUUGAAUUAUCCUUCAUUCCCGCAAAAACGCAGUAUCUUAGGCUCCCCCGACCUCACUAUACGUCCUCUAUGUCUUCGGUCUGAGCACGAACCUAACGCAACAAUUUGAUGGCAUUACAAAGAAUCUGGUUGAAGCCAUCGAUUUGUAUAUAAAUCCCAAAAACGGACAUAAUGAAAUUGCCACCCAAUUCUUUACCAAUGACACCAGUGAACAAGAACUUGCUUGGCUCACAAGUCUGGACGAAAUUAAUAGCACAGUCAAUAGUCUAAAAGACAAAGACAAUGUUCUGAUGCCAGAUGUUGUGCAUGGUAAAGCGCCGGACUGGACGAACACAGGACUUGUCGAUAACUUGAAAGACGCCAUCAGCUAUUACAAAAGUAGUAGACAUAGACCAAUAAAACCAACGAAUCGACCGCUAAUCAUCAUUUUGACGGAUUUCUAUUCGAAUGUAAGCUUUGUCUAUUGUUUUGUUGCCCAUGAUUUUAGUGGAUUUGAAAGACGGCGUAUUCUUUUAGAAAUUACGUACGUACAUGCUGAACAACUUCUCAAAGGCCGACUUUGAUGUUAGUAUCUAUGUCUACGACUUUGACGCCUACAAUAUAUUCAAAGAGAUCCCAGGAAGACUUGUUGACUUGAAAUUUCUACAUUAUUUGGAUCCUAAUCACUUGGCCGUAAUUCCAUUAGAUCCAACAAAGGAUGAGGAGGAGUCAGCGCGUAAGUCAAUCCAUACUUAUCAAGGUUAUAAUCCAGAUUUGAAAGCCAUAAGGAGAUCAAAAAUUCUCAGAAUUUGAUAUCGAGUGUAUGGAAGACAAUGAAACACAUUUUGAUAUCAAAUUCAGAGUCCUUUUUGAUCUCCUUAAAUUUCUUUAAUGAAGGAUGUCAGGUACACGUUACGCUAAUCAUAAAUCAACUAUUUUCAGCAGGAAUAACUCAAACCCAGCUAAUUCUAAUCAUCAUUGGAAGCGUAGUCGUAUUUCUGGCUGUAAUGGCCCUUAUGACCAUCCUUUAUCGACAAAAACUAGCAUGGAUGAGGAGGAUCGAGAAGUUCCGAAUGAGUCACGAGAUCAUUUCUGAGGUUGUUCAGGACUAUUGGGAGCUCAGUUGGGAUCGACUGCUCAUAAAAUCGGAGAAACUAGGAUCUGGAGCGUAUGGACAGGUAAGAAACGCCAUUAAUCAUCAACUACAAUUUCCUAAGUUUAGGUGUUCCGAGGCAAAAUCCACGGAAAACCUCCUUGUGUAGAUCAUGUUUACACAAGUUCGAGUAUCUCCAAACAACAUCAAUAUGAAGAUUGCGAUGUUGCGAUAAAAAUGCUGCCAAGAUAUGCCAGUGACAUUGCAAGAAGAGAAUUUAGUCAUGAAAUCGAGUUGAUGAAGAAGAUUAGUGGACAAAACGAAAAUAUAAUCGACAUGCUAGGCUGCAUUACUGUGGGUCAAACAAUUUGUUUGGUGUUGGAAUACUGUCCAAACAGAGAUCUACUACAUUAUGUCAAGGCCGUCAAUGUGGAUGUUCAAGAGUCUACUUCACUAGAGGCAAAAAUGAACUUAACGAAAGAGUUCAUGUACUUUGCAUGGCAAAUUUGUGAUGGAAUGAGGUACCUGUCCGAGCAGAAUGUAAUACAUCGAGAUCUGGCUGCAAGGAAUAUCCUAAUCGAUCGAGACACUUGUGCCAAGGUAAGAGUCCAGAUUCUAAAUUACAUUAAUAAUCGAUAAUCUGUUGCAAAUUCAAAUCAAAAACUUUGUUAAACUCCCUUCAGAUCAGUGAUUUCGGCCUCUGUAUCCAACUGAACAGCGAAGGUUAUCCCAAUUCCGUCUAUACCUCAAACUCUGGCCGACUUCCAAUCAAGUGGUUGGCGAUUGAAGCCCUCCUUCGACAUGAAUUCAGUACCAAGAGCGACGUCUGGUCGUUCGGCCUAGUCCUCUUUGAGAUGUAUUCUUUUGGAGAGACGCCUUUUGCUAAUAUCCCAACAAAAGAAGUCGGAGAGCAUCUGAAGACAGGAGGAAGGCCGCAGAAACCGGAACUCUGUCCGGACGAGAUCUUCUCAGUGAUGGAACAAUGUUGGCUCACGGAUCCAGACGAUCGUCCCGAAUUCAAGAUUAUCACUCAGAAAUUGACAGGGGUUUUGGAGAAGGCGGCCGAAGGCUACGGGUAUCUAGAUCUAAGUGGACAUGCACAGACGAUUGCCAAUGGGCAUUUGAAAAGAAAGAAGACCUUCAGGAACCCGGAAGGGAUGGAUGAGUAAGUUUACAAGCUUCUUGAAACAUAUUCAGAACCUUCUGACAUGUCAGAAGAUUUUGACCACAGUAGUCCAUGCCAUUAUGACGCACCCUCGUUAAUAGCUGGCCUUUACCCAACUAUUUACGAGGGUGACACAUAGCUUUUCUUUGAGAACAUCGAAUCUCCUAUGCCCAGUAUAUAAUACUUUUAGAAAUCAAAAGUCAGCACUUCGUUCUCGGAUCAUAACCCGCGAGUCCACACUGACCGAGAGCCGCCCUCCCACCCCGACCUCACCUCCGCCCAGUGCCGCUCAUAAUAAACGCUUCAUGUUUUUCUUUUCCCGCGAACAAAGCAAAGACAACAACGAUCUGCCACCUCUCUAA